GUCAAGUCUGAUUGCAGCCCUGCAAGUCUGUCCAUUCCAAGAAGCAUUGACUGUAGUUAUAGAUGUGUACAUACACUGUACUUGUGUUGCAUGUGCUGUCAUUUUCAGAUGAGUCUAUAAUCACUUUCAGUAUUAGCUAAAUAAACAACCUAUAACAGUAGCAUACCAGCAUUCACUGUGUACUGUUGUCUACAUGCAGUUCUAGCCAAUGGCUGUCAUGACAGCAAGUGGAGGAGUUCUUAUCUUUCUCUGCAUCUACAGCACCAAUAUUGUGUUCUCUGCACACACAGAGGUAGGAGUGGCUCCUAGUUUCAACAGUGAGCAAGAAGAUGUGGUUGUCUUUGCAACCAAUGAAGAUGGAUCUAAUUCAGAUCUUAGCUUACAAUGCGAUGUUACCGGGACCCCUACACCUACCGUGACUUGGUACAGGGGAGAUGACGUGGUUGACGCUGACUGUGUGCUUUCGAAUGGUACCUUCUUGGUACAAAAUAUCACUGAGGGAGACUUUGCUUCUACGACUGGAGUAAUAUAUCGCUGUGAGGCUACUAACACCAUUGGAGAGCCUGGCUUCAUUGCAACCAUCCGCAGUAGAGACAUCACUGUCCACUAUGCAUUUUUCGGUGGCUUUAUGCCAACUGAGGAAGUGCGUACGUUUGUACCAACUGCACUUCCUACUCUUGGAUUUGGUAUUGACAUAGCUCUUGAGUGCAGGGUUGGGGACUCGCAGCCACCUCCAGACAUCGUGUGGUUUCAAGACGGUACACCUUUAGUCGAGAACAAGGACACUAAUCUCAUAAGGUUUCUGGAGGAUGGAAGAUGGGCCUACAUUCGAGAUAUUGAAACUUUCUCACACGAUUAUCACUGUGAAGUAAGCAAUGCUCAAAUGAACGGAUCAGAGAGAAGCUCUCAGACAUAUUUUGUCAACGGUACUGGACUAGUAAAUGGAAUGGAUUUUGUGUACAAGGAAAUAGGAGAUCUCACAGCUUUUUCUGCAGAGGGAGAGGAUGAGGACUUUGAGUUCAGCUAUGUUUCUUCACAAGGGACGCUAAAUCGUAUUUGUGCUUUCUCUAAUAGUGUUGGAACUAACACCGAUUCCAACGAAGCAGUGGGUACGAUCACAAACCUACCUACUCCCCCAGCUGUAGUCACUCUGGAAUGCAGAGAAGGCCAAGUCACUAUUAUCAGUAGUGGAGCAGUCACAGUGCAACGGAGAGCCAUGAUAACGAUGGAUCCCUCAAACGCACGUGAAGUGAUUGUAGGAUCAAGCUCUGCUAUGCCUACCUCCUUCUCCUGUGCCAACACUGGCUACCCUGCAACCUCAACAGUGUGGUACUUCAAUGGAGAUGUAAUUGACUCUUCAUUCGUUGGUAUUGCCUUUGACGACACUAUGCUGACUAUUGCAAACCCUCAAAUCAGUCACUCUGGAGUGUACCAGUGCUUUGUCAGUAAUACAGUGUCUGAGGACAAUGCUGCCUGGUUGUUGGAGGUCAGAGCUCCAGUUCCACCCACUGCCCUGGCUUUCAAUGAGACUGACAUUGGAGCAGUGAGAGACAGACGAGUUGGAGUUCUCUUUAUGGGUGGUUUUGGGACCAUGGUGACAGUACCUGUGUCUGUGGAGGCUGACCCAUGCCCUAGUGUACAGUGGUCCUUCAACGGCUCUAACAUUGUUAACGGAGACCAGUACACUAUCACCAACCCUUGCAGUGAUGUUAAUGCCGUAUCUCCUUACACGUUUAUAUUGACCGUGACUAAUCUGACCAUCGAAACAUCAGGGGCUUAUUCUGCUACCUUUAUCAAUCUUGCUGGAAGCAGUAUUCUUCCAGACCUGUACAUUACUAUAACAGUUGCCACUAGUGAUCCAAUUUCUUCAUUGAGCUUGUCAGUUAUUGAUAACCCUGCUGCUAUGUGUCUACUCAACGCCAGCAAUGUCACCAUGACUUGCCAAACCAACGGCUUUCCACGGCCUGAAGUAAGAUUUCUAAUGGGGCGCAACGUCAUCACUCCAGGAGAGGGGAACUUCCAAAGAGUCUCACAAACCUUUGCCGACCAGAUACAACUGUCUGAUAUCGUAAUGGAAGAUGAUGCAGUGUACAGAUGCGAACUUUUAAGUGAUUCCACUGAAUUUGCCCAAGAGACAUUUGUAUUUUGCACCGAGCCGUUUCUCACAAACUUUAGUUCAUCGACAAACACAAUAGAAGGCGCUGAACUGGAGGUGGAGUGUGAGAUUAUGGGCAUUCCCCCACCGACAAUUACAUGGCUUAAAGAUGGCAAUAUGCUCUCUUCAGGAACUGGUAUCGAUAUUUCCACGCCUUCUGAUGCACCGUUUAAGUAUCAAGUAACUAUCGACAGUGCUACAUCAGCCAAUGCUGGCACGUACACAUGUGUGGGGACUAAUGCAGCCGGAACAGUUACUAGGGAUAUCAGUGUGGAGGUGAAUGCAACCCCAGAUUCAUUGAGUAUGGAGUCUAUUAUUGGACUGGCUAUUGGGGUUCCUGCUAUCAUCCUUCUCAUAACUCUGGUUGUAAUAUUGCUCAGUUUACUGCUCGUGAAGUCAAGGAAGAAAGGCGCCUACACUACAGACCCUGUCAUCUAUGACACUAUAGACGACAACAGCUCCCCAGAUCCUGUACUCAACGCAGCGUUUGGUCUAGCAGAAGAGAACACAUCAGGUGGCAGUGCAGAAUAUGAAACCAUCGAAGGUGACUUCACUCUGGACCCUGUACUGACUUCUGACAACCCAGCGUAUGGUCUAACAGAGCCGAGAAGAAAUGAAACUCUAGUAUAAGACUAGUUGUUCAAUUGUACCUUAUUAUAGUUUCGUUAUAAUUUUAUAAAUCCAGUGACAUUGUUUCUUUUAGCAUAAUUAUUAUUAUAUCGAUUAAUGCUGAUGAUGUAAAAAAA